AGUAUAAAUACCCACAUCAUUGUACUGGAGGGCAGCAUAUCCUCAGUUGUGCUCCUACCCUAAGGAUAUACAGCAGCACCAGGAGCCCACUGGUGCUGAAGAAAUUUGGUUUCCCUUUCUUUGGAUGCUGGUUUGAUCCUGCAAGAUGGACAUUCGAGUGGCGAGCAUCCUCCUCUUCAUUGUGGCCUCUGCAGCAGCCCAUGGAAAGGGUUAUGUGGUGAAGAAGGUGAUGGCCCUCCCUGUAAAAAGCCAUGUGGUGGCAGGUGAGCCUGGCAUUCCAGGUGAGCCUGGUCCUGAGGGCCCUGCUGGCCCACCUGGGGCCCCAGGUGAGAAUGGUGUGGGUCUGCCUGGACCUCAAGGACCUCCUGGAACUCCAGGAGCUCCUGGUCGCUCAGUUGCUGGCAAACCUGGAACGCCAGGUGGACCUGGCAAACCUGGCAUUCCCGGAGCACAUGGUGAAAGGGGGGAUACUGGACCCACUGGCCCUCAAGGACCUAGGGGAGCCCCUGGGACUCCUGGAAGCCCUGGACCUGCUGGUCUAUCUGCUACUGGCAAACCUGGACCUUCAGGUCUUCCUGGACCAAUGGGACCUAGAGGAGAGUCUGGUCUGAAAGGACAUCCAGGUGUGCCUGGGUUGCCAGGUGCAAAGGGUGACAGAGGGGUGGGAUUUGCAGGACCUCAAGGUGAGACAGGAUCUCAGGGACCUGUGGGUGCACCUGGAGCACCAGGUUCACCAGGAGUUGGAAGGCCAGGAAAACCAGGGGCACCAGGUGAGUCAGGAAAGUCAGGUAUCCCAGGUAGAGAUGGUGAACCUGGUCCCAUGGGACCACAAGGACCUAAAGGACACACUGGUGCCCCAGGUGUUGGUCUUUCAGGUAAACCAGGUGAGAAUGGUGCCCCAGGUCUGCCUGGUCCUGCUGGGCCAAAAGGCCACCAAGGAUCUGCUGGAGCCCCUGGUGCCCCUGGAGUUCCAGGUUAUGGAAAACCAGGUGCAAAUGGCGAAAAGGGAGAGAGGGGAGCUACAGGUAGUACAGGUGCCACAGGUGCAAAGGGUGAGCAAGGUCCAACAGGAUAUACUGGUGCUACUGGUGCAACAGGCCCCAUUGGUCCUACUGGACCUCAAGGUGAGAGAGGUUUCUCAGGUGAGCCUGGUGCUGUUGGCCCUAAAGGUGAUGUAGGUGCCACUGGAGCUCAGGGACUUAAAGGACAUAAGGGAGAUCAGGGAGCACAGGGUUUCCAAGGUAAACAGGGAUAUCCAGGUGCAGCUGGCCCUCCUGGACCCAGAGGGGCUACUGGACCUUCUGGUGAUAAAGGUAAUGUAGGUGCCCCAGGUAUUUCAGGUGCCCCAGGUAUCCCAGGCCCUGCUGGACCAAAAGGUCAUCCCGGCCGUCCAGGUGAGCCAGGUGCUUCUGGAUCUGAUGGUGCCCCAGGUCCCAGAGGACCUGCUGGCACACAAGGUCCCUCUGGUGCUCCUGGCCUUAAGGGGCACCCAGGUCUCCCUGGUGCUCCUGGCCCAGCUGGUUUGGCUGCUAAGGGUGUCCCUGGACCUCAGGGUUCCCCUGGUGAGCCUGGUGAGCCUGGAGUUGAUGGAGAACCUGGCCCCUCUGGCCCUCCUGGUCCACCUGGUCCUCCUGGUGAGGUUGUGUUUGAGAAGGGCAUGGGUCUGAGUGAGGUUAUGGUCAAGGCCCCCAUGUCUGCUUUUACUGCCGCUCUGGCCACCCCCUACCCUCCUGCUGGCAGCCCUAUCAAGUUUGACCAAAUAGUGUACAAUGCUGAGAAUCACUAUGACCCAGAGACAGGCAUUUUCACCUGCCAAGUUCCUGGAGUUUACUACUUUUCCUACAGCAUCCAUGUUAAUGGAGCUCAUGCCCUGGUGGCUCUGUACAAAAAUGGUCAGCCCGUUAUGUUCACUUAUGAUGAGUACAAUAAGGGCUUCCUGGACCAAAUGUCUGGCAGUGCAGUCCUCUUGCUUGAUGUGCAGGAUACAGUCUACAUCCAGAUUCCCGAUGAUGAGGCCAGCGGUGUCUUUGCUGCCGAGAAUGUCCACUGCUCCUUCUCUGGGUUCCUCAUCGCUUCAACGUGAUACGUUGAUUCAGUAGUUCCCAAAAGCCACCAACUCAUUUUGCAAUCUAUUUCUCAAAGUUAACUCCCUGUUUAUUUUCCUCAGUCCAACAGACAGGCAGUACAACCACCUUUGAGGAAUAGUGGCAUCUCGACUUGAAAUGACAGGAAAUAGGUGCUUUGAAGAAGGAAAAUUAAUUUAUAAAAACAGGUGAUCAGGGAUGGGGAAGCAAUCCACAAUGGUCCAGUGAGCUUUUGUAACAGACAGAGACAGCAUGUGAAAUUGAGGUGUUAUAACUGUGUUGUAUCCUGACUUUUUAUUUUCCACAUUGUUCCUUUUAUGCUGACUUAAACUGGUGACUCUUAAUUUAGUGUUUGUCUGUUUUUGUUUAUUUUUGUACAACCUUUAUUUUGUUGUUUUGAGUGACCAAUAACCUUGUUAGAAGUACAGCAAUUCCUUUCUGUGCAACAUGUUGUAACUAAAUGUGACUUGAAUAUUUUGUGAAAUGGUAAUGGUCAAAUUGACUGUUGUAAUGAAAUAAGUCACCUGAAUACUGUUUUGCAAACACAAACUGUUUAACAGCAACAUUGUUAUAACCCUGGACAUGCAUUGUGUCAUGUAAAGCAAAAUGACCAAAUUAAAAUGAUGUCUUAAUGAAA